ACCGGCCGGAGCGGCGCUCGGACCCGCUUGGCUCGGAUGCGCCCGGCGGCUCCUGCUGGGCCACGGCCGCCCGCGGGCCAUGGAGCUGCCCGUGGGGGUGACCGUGGAUGUGAACAUGGACGUGACCGUGGGGGUGACCGUGGAGCUGCCCUCGGUUCUGCUCACUGCCACUGCGAACCCCUGGGGCAACGACAGCGCCUGGGCCGCCCUGCCCGGACACGGCGUCAACGACACGGUCCCGCAGCGGGCCAAGAACGCGACAUCCAUCCUCAUCGCCAUCGUCAUCACCGCGCUCUACUCCGUGGUGUGCGUGGUGGGGCUGCUGGGCAACGUGCUGGUCAUGUACGGCAUCGUCAGGUACACCAAGAUGAAAACAGCCACGAACAUCUACAUCUUCAACCUGGCGCUGGCUGAUGCCCUGGCCACCAGCACUCUGCCCUUCCAGAGCGCCAAGUACCUCCUGGAGACCUGGCCCUUUGGGGAGCUGCUCUGCAAGGCUGUGCUCUCCAUCGACUACUACAACAUGUUCACCAGCAUCUUCACCCUCACCAUGAUGAGCGUGGACCGCUACAUCGCCGUGUGCCACCCGGUCAAGGCCCUGGACUUCCGCACGCCGGCCAAAGCCAAGAUCAUCAAUGUCUGCAUCUGGGUGCUCUCCUCCCUCAUCGGGGUGCCCAUCAUGGUCAUGGCAGUCACCAAGUCAAAAGAUGGCGUGGUCCUGUGCACUCUCCAGUUUCCUGAUCCUCCCAUCUACUGGGACACCGUGACCAAGAUAUGCGUCUUCAUCUUUGCCUUCCUGGUGCCCAUCCUGGUCAUCACCAUCUGCUACGGGCUGAUGAUCUUGCGUCUGAAGAGCGUGCGGCUGCUCUCGGGCUCCAAGGAGAAGGAUCGCAACCUGCGGCGCAUCACGCGCAUGGUGCUGGUGGUGGUGGCCGCCUUCAUCAUCUGCUGGACGCCCAUCCACAUCUUCGUCAUGGUCUGGACACUGGUGGACAUAGACAAGAAGAACCCCUAUGUGGUGGCCAGCCUGCACUUCUGCAUCGCCUUGGGCUACACCAACAGCAGCCUCAACCCCGUCCUUUACGCUUUCCUGGAUGAGAACUUCAAGCGGUGCUUCCGCGAGUUCUGCCUGCCCGCACGCGCCCGCGCGGAGCCGAGUGGCUUCUCCCGCGCCCGGAGCACCACGCGCGAGCUGGUCUCCACCUGCAGCCCCGCCGAGCCCGGCGCCAAGCCCGCCUGACAGGGCCGGGGCAGCCCCCAGUGGGGCUGCCGGGUGCGCGGGGGACAUGAGCCGCGCUCAGAGCUCACCCAGGUCACCUCCACAGAGCUGUAGCAGGACGGGGCCUGGGCGCUGCUCGGGCACUGCAAACUGCUGGGCUGGCAUACAGACUGACUGCAAAAAUUUUUUCGUCCUGGGAAAGAGAAACGGGAGAAUUGGGACUCAUCAAAUGAUGUAGGGAGAGGACCAAGAGGCCAACAACAGCCAGCAGGGGCUGUCACCCUCCAACAGGGCACCAGAACUGCCACAUCCACGUGCUUCUCCUCCUGCACAGGCCAGGAUGACACCACAUCAGGACACCAUGACAGGAGGGGAAAAACUCACAUGGCAGAAGGGAACUGUGCCAGGAGGUGAUCACAGGAUCAUUCAGACUGGAAAAGCCCGCCAAGAUCAUCAAGUUCUACUGUUCUUCCCCCACUACCAAGGCCACCACUAGCCCAUGUCCCCAAGAGCCACAUCCACACAGUGAUGGUUAAAUCCCUCCAGUGAUGGUUACUGGACAGCCCUUUCAAGGAAGAAAUGUUCCCUAAUAUCCAGCUUAAUCCUCUGGAGGUCAUUUCCUCUGCUACAUCAUGGGCCUCAUUCCUUCCCCCUCUGAGCUGUGUCCAAAAGACAACUGGAGAUGGGGAAAGAAACUUAUGCCACUUCAGAGACACUGGUUUCAAAAAGCUCCAGAUCCAUUGUAAAAAUUCUCCUGGAGUCCCUCAAACUGGCAUUGGUCCCAGAGAAAGCUUUCUACUGUUAAUGCCAUUCCUGUAUUAUUUAGAGACCUCUGACUGCAACUAAGGCUGCCCUGGCCAUGGGUGUGAUGCUGGCAAUAUGGAUAUGGCCAGGGGAUGGAGCAGGGCACAUCUGAAGCUGACUCCCAUAUCCAUGUGCCAAUAUCAAAUUCCCAGAGUGACAAGGAACUGAUGAAGUCAUUAAGCCCAAGAAGAACCCCAUUAAGGGAGUAAUUUGUGGAAACUUGAGUUGUUUCUCACAGUGCUAAAGUAAUUAGGAUGGAAUAACAGGCUGCACCAAAGGCUGUCCUUGCCCUGCCCAUCAGGAGAAGGAUGAACAGCACUGCCCAGAUUUCCAUACCAGAGACAAAAGGGAUAGGAUGGGAUUUUUGUUUUUUCAGAAGAUCUCAAAAAUACCACCUCCCUUUCACAAUUCCUCAAGCAGGAAUGUUGUGCAGGCACCUAGAAAGGACCCGCAGCUCAUGGGAGGCAGAGAUUUGAGGAUUUCAGCUCUCGUCUGGAUGGAACAGCAUCCCUCCAAAGGCAGAGCUGAACUUCAACUCCCAAUGCAUCCUGCAGAGCCACCCUCCAGGGACCUCCUGACCCACAACUGAGCGAUAAUUGAUGGCUUCAAUCACCCCCACAGCCCCGGGCCACUUUCAUGAGCCACCACUUCUCCUUCCUCUCAACUUCCCACUGUCAUUGCCAGCUGCUCACCAGCCCGAGGAGGAGGAUGCUCAGAGGAAGCGGUGACAGCAUUGAGAGAAUGAGUUGGUGCAGCUGGAGGAAGCAGCACCGAUGCACCUGGGGCUCCCGGGCUGGAUGCAGAGCUUGGCUCGUGUCUGGUUUCUCCAGACAAUUCUACCAAUUUAGGCUGAUAAAAGCCAUUGCCUUUCUCCAGAACUGUGCGAAUUGCAGCCCUCCCCCUUAGAAAGACAGAGCCCACAAGGCAGUCAAAACCAGUUUCUUUUUCAAAGUGAUCAAACAGGGUGGCACUGUCCACUGGGGUGUCAAUGUGCCACAGGAAAACGCCUCUUGCUCAGUGCUGAUCCAGCUGCACAUUUCCAGCUCUUCAGAAUCCCUUUGCAGGCACGAGUAGAGUCCUGGGCUACUGGCAUGGCCACACUUGGGCUCCUCACCCCCUGCUACCACAAGCCCAUCUGCUCAUGGAGGCCUUUGUUUUUCCAUCUGCAAAUUUUUAGCCUGCUGGAAAAUGUGACUGCCAUGGCCUUAAAGCAGUUUAAAUGCUUCAAGUCAUUACUUUUUAAAAUGCCACCAUGCUUGGACAGAGCUCAGAGCCUGGGACAGGCAAAGAGAAUGGCUUUCCUGAGCUUCAGGUUUGCUGACUUAAAGAAAAACAGAAUAUUCCUGGGAAAAAUGGGUGGCAAGCAGCACACCAGAGCAUAUGGGGUGACGUGGACCUUAAUCAUCCCAUCCUGGCAGCAUCCCAGCAGGGAUCUGGGGGCUGAUUCAGCUUCUUCCCACCUCAAAUCCAGCUCCUCCAGCCCCUCGUCUGGGCUUGGAAAUGGGGACAAAUCCUAGUCCAGGGAAAGAGCAUGGGGAGACCCUGCCUGCCCAGACUUACCCAUGGUGCAGCCAGGCUGCUCGGAGGGAACUCUCUGUGUACUGUUAUAAAUACAAAUAUAAAUAUGUAUGUAUGUAUGUCUAUAGCUGUGUGAAAUUAAAGUGGCCCCGAGGCCUCCCAUCACAGCUCCCACCACAGCAGCUGCUCCAGGUGUGCUGGAGCUGAAUAUGCCAGAUCCAUAGCACCUAAUACAGUGCUUCAGCCAUUAUUUCCAGCUCCAACCCUUGGGAUUUUUGCCUUACAGUGGUAUUUCUGUACAGGAACACUGCUUUCUAAAAAUUAAAAUAAUAAAGUAACAUAAAAUCGGAGA